AUGGCCGUGACCUCGCGGCUGCUGACCCCCCCCCCAUCCUUUCGUGGACACCCUAUCAGCAGUAGCGACAAGGACAACGGCGCCAGCGGCGGCAGCAGCUGUGACAGCAGUGCCACGGGUAGGGUGCUGAUGCCAAGCUCUCUGAACUUGGCUGUGAGAGAGGCCGUCCCCGCCUCCCUGGUGCUGGAGAAGGCGUCGCCCAUCGCUCUCGCCAAGGCGCUCAAGAACGAACAGGAACUGCAGGCAAGACGGAAGAAAGCCAGCGGUCUUCGGGAAGCGCACGUGCGCGACGGUGUCGCGCUGACGGCGUUCUUGUCGUGGCUCGAGCGGGCCAUGGAGGCCGGGGAGGCCGGGGGCGGCGGCGGGGUCGGUUGGCCGCUGACGGAGUUCACCGUGGCCGAGAAGCUGGACUGCUUCCGCAAAGAACAGGCCGGCUACGUUAGUCUGAGUUUCGAGACGAUCUCGGGGUACGGCCCCAACGGCGCGGUGAUUCACUACGCCGCACAGAAGGAGACCGCGCGGGAUCUUGGGACGGACAGCCUGUUUUUGCUGGACUCCGGAGCCCAGUACACCGACGGCACGACAGACGUGACGAGGACGGUGCACUUCGGCAGUCCAACCGAGCACCAACGGCGUUGCUUCACCCUUGUCCUGAAGGGUCACAUCGCCCUGGCCCGAGCGGUGUUCCCGGAAGAUACCAUGGGAAGCAAGCUCGACGUGCUGGCGAGACUGGCUUUGUGGGAAGCGGGUCUGGAUUACCGGCACGGGACGGGCCACGGGGUUGGGGCGUUCUUGAAUGUGCACGAGGGGCCGCACGGGAUCCACUGCCGAAUACGGCCGGAUGAGCAGGGGAUAAAGAUCGGCAUGACGACGUCGAACGAGCCAGGAUACUAUGAGGACGGCGCGUUCGGCCUUAGAAUCGAAAACGUUUGCAUCUGUGUAGAGAAAAUGACCCAGCAUAACUUCGCCGGGAAGCGCUCGUGCACCUUCGAGACCAUCACCAUGGCGCCGAUCCAGACCAAGUUAAUCGACGUGAGCCUGCUGACAACACAAGAGCGCGAGUGGCUGGACGACUACCACGCCACGGUGCUCGCAACCCUGGGACCGCUACUCAAGGACAACGCAGAGGCCUUCGCCUACCUCGUGCGCGAAACUCGCCCACUGGAGAAGAGUUCUUGAUUGGGAUUUCUUGGUUGGAAGGUGCUAAGAACAACUGGCAUCCUCCUCCACCCACCCCUCCCCGAGAAUUCCUAGGAGUCCAGGGCUCAAGAAACUUUAGUUGGAGUUGGGAUGCGGAGGAACUGUCGAGAGCAGAGAGGUAGGGGGGUACCACGGUAGAGAAGUCGAGGCAAAGGGCGUGCCAGGUCCUGCCCGCGGGUCAACAGUUGUUGCAAUGAGCGGGCAAGGCGCCUUGAGGUGCGGGAGGAGUCGUGUAUUCGGCGCGCCCUUUGCCUCGACUUCUCUACCGUGGUACCCCCCUACCUCUCUGCUCUCGNCGUGUAAACUAAUGCGGUAGUCGUUGGGCCGUCGACCUCGCACCACUACAGUGCCGGGAUGGAGCGAUAUGCCGGGUUUUCUCGGGCUACGUUUCCCAAGGAUGAACCGGAAGCUGGACAUUUCCUUGCUUUUGAUGUGGGGGAGGGGGGAAUGCUUCUUCUUGUUCGCAUGACACGAGAGGUGUCCAUGCACCUUGAUUCAGUCUUGUGCGUGAGCUACGGCGACAACCCCUCGCAACGUUGGUGAUAUGCGGCGCUUAGAGAGCGAAUUCCGACCAUGGUUCGUUUCGGGGUAGUUCAUGAAUAUUGCUGACGACGCGGCGGACGUGGCGUUUCAUGUGAAAACAAGCACGGACCACGGAGAGUGCAUCGACUCGCCGCCAGACGGUUGGGUGCCGGGUAUUUGUAGAAAGAAGCUUUCACCUCUUUGUCUGGCAAUGAAGAAGGAGGCUU